CACCCACCAUCUGUUUUCUUUUCUCCAAAGCCAAGUCGCAGCCUAAAGGUAUUGAUUUAGAGGCUUCGGGGAAUAUUAACGGCUUGCCAGUAAUCGAGGUGGAUUUAGAAUCGUUUGAAGACAAACCGUGGAGGAAACCAGGUGCCGACCUUUCCGAUUAUUUCAACUAUGGAUUCAACGAGGAAACCUGGAAAGCUUAUUGUGAGAAGCAGCGCCGGCUUCAGCUGGGCCUGGAGCCUCCGGUCUCCACCUCCACUGAAAACAAGAUCACGGUUCAACAAGGAAGAACUGGCAACGCCGAGAAGGAACCUGAGAACAACAUCAUCAAGAUGGAUUUUAAAACUGAUUUUGUUGCCCUCGUUGGCGGAAGGAUAAAAGCGGGGCCUCCUCCAAACAGGAAACUGGGAGGGACAAUCGACGUGAUUGGUGGACAGGCUGGCACCAUCCGGAGGGUAGAAGGAAGGCGGCGUGACAAACACGCUUCUGAAGAAAAUCCCAUUCAGGUACUUGGAGACCAUGGGAGCAAAACCCAGCCUGCUCAGCCCCCUCAGCAGCAGCAGCCCUUUGUGCCCCCGGCAGGCCCACCUCCGGCGUUAAGUGGGCCCCCUCCCCACUUUCUCCAUCCUCCGCCGCCACCAGUGGCCUCUGUCCCACCUCCCCUCCAUCCUCCAG